AUGCAAGAAGCAUUUCAAGAAGUUAAAAGGAAACCACCCGGCUUUAAAUGGAUUUUUCUAUUCGGUUUUUUGUUAAAAGUAGAUAUUCUGAAGAAGUUCGAAAAAUGUUCAAAUUAUCAGAAGAGACCUUUGUGGAAGGAGAGAAUAAUUUCUUCAUCAUCAUCACUCAGUGUCAAAAUUGGGUUGAGAUAUUAUUCGAAAGCAAUAGAGACAUUUGAGUUUAAACAUGGAGGUAUUAAACUGGAGUUUCUUGACUCGAUUCAGGCGAUUUCGACUGUUAAUAAUAAGUUCAAAUUUGCUUUUAUUGGAUUGAUUUUGGGUGAUACAGAAAAUGGACCGUACAGUCAAAUGAUUAAAUGA